AUGUGGGAACCUGCAAGUAGUUCUUCAUGGACUUUUGAGGGUGGAAGUAGUGGUGUUGUUCCAAUGGCAUCAUAUCACAACAUCACAAAGGAGAUCCGUGUGCUGUUGGUCGACCACGACAAACAUUGCCUUGCUACCAUAGCCCAAAUGCUUGAAUCAUGUUCAUACAAAGUAACAGCAGUUGAACACGCGGUGGCUGCUUUUUUAAUGCUUACAGAAAGAAAAGAGCUUUUUGACCUUGUGCUUGCAGAGAUACAUUUACCUGACAUAGAUGGAUUUGCGCUUAUCCAUGAGGCAGUUAAAAUGGAAGUGCCAGCAAUAUUAAUGUCCCCGGAUGAAAAUGCUAUGAUGGCAAGGAUGGCACUAGAAAAUGGAGCAUGUUUCUUCCUCAAAAAGCCGAUACAUAUGGAAGUUCUGAAAAACCUCUGGCAACAUGUGAUGAGAGACAGGAUAGUUAAUAAGUUCAAUAGGUCUGGAAUAUCCAAGGGAAGUGUCAUUGGAGAUUACAAUGAAACUGAAACCAGCUACUUAAAGAACAAAGACGAGUUGAAGAAAAAAGUGAUGAGCAGAAAAUCUACAAAUAGAAAUGAAGAAGGCAAGAGUAAGACUAAGAUUAGAGCUGGAAAGAAGCCUUGCACUGAAUGGACAGAUGAACUCCACGCAAAAUUCAUGACUGCUGUCAAUGAGCUCGGGGAAGGAAGGUGUUAUCCUAAGGAGAUACUCCAUCUAAUGAAUGUACCAGGUCUCACGCGAAUGCAAGUUGCAAGUCAUCUUCAGAAAUGCCGUAAUGACAAUUGGCGUGCCCCAGAGGCACGAAAACCAGCUUCAUCUUCGAAUGAUUUGGAUAAUGAUCCACAAUCCAAUCUAGCUCCAAGGAGGUUCGGUUCAAUGCCUCGCGUAAUAAAAUGCUCUUCCAGUUCUCAGUCUCAUCUCCAAGAAAGCAGUGAAAACUAUUCUGGUCCAGAAAUGUACUCUCCAUUGUGCAACAACUUCUCUGGAACCAUGAAUGAGGAGGAUCCGACGCAACUAAUCAAUCCACAAACUGAAGUGGUACCUGAAUGCUUCGGAAACAAUAUGGUCUCACCUAAUUAUUCUGGAAUGCAAAGUAUGGAACAAGAAGGAGAAUUUGGGAGACUAGCUGAUCAUCUUCCCACCAAGGAUUACACACAAAAUGCACUUGAGGUUCCUGCUAGUCUUGAUGAUGUAAAUGAAAUAUCAAGUGAGAAUGGGCACGCGAAAUUGGCUUUCCUGUCAAACAUGACUUCUCAACAAAAUCCUGAACAAAUUUUCUCAGAAGCCAACCAUGCAACACUUGGGCCAGGUUCUCAUACUACUGCACCAAACCAGAACCAGUUCUCAGAUGACUUCUUUGAUUUUCUUCCAGAAAUGAAUGAUCCCCAGAAUUGCUCCCACCUACUGGAAGAUUAUAACCAAAGUUCACAACAGUACUCCUUUGAUUUCAACCAAUUCUAUUGA